CAUACUGGCCACGUGAGCACAGGCUGCAGAGCAAGGCUGCGACAGUCAGCGCAAGGGCUGGCCUGGGCUUGCAGACCCGAGCUCUGCAGAACCGCCCCAGUGGCGCAGGCAAGCUGAAGAAAAGAGACCUUUGUGCCUUUUUGGGGGAAGAACAUAUUCUGCAAGGCGGUGGAAACAAAGAGAGGAACUGUUUGUAGCCCUAGUCCAGACGUCCCAAACAAACAAUUCUCUGCCACUAUUCAAGGAUAGCAUGACGCCCUUCACACUCUACCUGAAGUCCUGCCUUCCCUCCGCCGUAAGGAGUUUGAUUCUGCAAAAGAAACCAAACAUCAGAAACAUGUCCAUUAUGGCUGGAGGGCUCUGACCAGCCAGCGUGGUGGUCUUGCACUGGUCCCUCACCCAGGCCUUUGGAAAGUUCUGCUGGGCCAGCAGUGGCCCUCUGCCCCUGCUAGGCUCAAGCGAGCCAGGCAAGUGGACAUUGCCCACCCUGGGCGCUGUCUCAGACACCAGGGCGGGCUGUCCCCAGUUCCAGAAGUGCAAGUUUGCUGUCUGCACAGCCAGGCUGACCUCGCUGGAGGAGUACUCGGAGCAGCUGGAAGACAUGGUGGCCUUCCUCCUGGGCUGCAGCCUCUCCCUGGAAGGGGCCUUGGAGAAGGUGAGGCUCCCCAGAAGAGACCUAGCAGGCCACGGCCCCGCAGGUGCAUUCAAGACAGCAGUGCCUUGUGCCACCAUGGCUGGCAUUUGCUGCCCUCUGGUGGUCGCGAUGAGGCCCAUUCCAAGGACAAAGCUGGAAAGGCGAGUGAGGGCCGGUUGCUCCAUGGGGGGUGAGGAAGGACAACCCAUUCACGUCGGUGACCCAGAACUUUUGGGCAUCAAAGAUCUUUCCAGACCUGACCACGGGGAUCCUGUGUUGUGUCAGCCUGGGGAUGUCCCAGUGUUCUGGCCUUCUCAGCUGACCAGUCUCGAAGCUGUCGGCAGCUACGGUAUACCCCCAGCUUUCACCGGUGCACCAUAUUGCAGAGUUAUGACUGACGUGAAGGACACGGAGACUGCAGCCAGUUGUCUCACCCCCGAAGGAAUUCCAGAGGUCCAUCACAUUUCCCAAGAUCCUUUGCACUACAGCAUCGCAUCAGCUUCAGCCGUUCAGAAGAUCAGAGGACUAGAGACUAUAGUCGCCACAGACCCAGGCAACCUAGAGAUCAGGCACCUGCUCUGUAAGGAUGAGCUGCUGAGGGCCUCACUGUCGCUGUCCCACACCUGCUCGGUGCUCAUCACCCCUGGGUUCCCCGCGCGUUUCAACCACGAGCCUCUGGAAGAGACAGAUGGCCUGCCAGGAGCCAUUGCUCUGGCCAUCUUCCUGCAAGCCUUGGAGAAGGGGGUCUCCAUCAUUGUUGACCAGAGAGCCUUAAGUUUGUACAAGAAGUUUCUUGAAGAGGCUGUUGAGCAAGGUGUUCUGAAGACACUGAUCCUAAUAUUAACCCACCAAGGUGGAUCAGCGGGAGAUGCUCAGGCGUUUCUAUGCAAAGAUGGGGACCCCAGGUCACCUAGAUGCGACCAUCUGGUGGUGACAGAGUGCACAGGAAGGGCUGCCGACAGCAAACACUACAAUGCGAGGAAGAUGAAUCUCAAGCACUUGGUUGACCCCGUUGACGAUCAUUUCCCUGCAGCCCAGAAGAUUCCUGGAAUCUCAUCAACUGGGGUCGGUGAUGGAGGCAACGAGCUUGGGAUGGGCAAGGUCAAGGAGGCUGUGAAGAGGCACAUAUGAAAUGGGGAUGUCAUAGCCUGUGAUGUGGAGGCUGACUUUGCUGUCAUCGCUGGUGUUUCUAACUGGGGAGGCUACGCCUUGGCCUGUGCACUGUACAUCCUGAACUCAUGUGAGGUCCAUGGACGUUACCCGAGGAAGGCAGUUGGGCCCUCCAGAGCAUCUGGGGAGCAGAGCUGGACUCAGGCCUCCCAUCCAUCACUAAGGGAACUAAAAGUGUUGAGCACCCUGGUGCGGCACAAAGUCCAGAGUGGAGUCUUGGGCAUCAGGAGCGUGGAGGUGGACAGGCUGUCCUUCCACGGCACCCACGCCCAGGUGAUCCAGAAGCUGGUGGACGUCACCACGGCGCCCGUGUGACCAUGCAUGUUACAGGCACGCGGAGUGCGUAGCAGAUGGCCACACCUGGAUCUCGGGAGGCGUUCCCUGAGGGGCCCCAACUUCUUUCCAUAACAGCCUUGCAAAUAAACACCAGCCCUGGGGGAGCAACACACUCUACACUCCCCUGGGACGCUGCGGGUCCACUUCCAGG